AUGCCCUCCGGGUUCGUGGACCUGGCUGACGCGCCGAGGUAUCUGGCCCUCCGUGCCGUACGUCGACGCUGUCGCGAACACCGACUUCGGGAAGCCGUUCGCUCGAUCAACGACCUCUCCCGUGCCUCGGUCCACGGGUUCGGCAGCGUGCCAGCCCGUGGCUCCACCAAGCCCGGCGAGCCCUCCGCCACGCAGGCCAGUUGCCUCGCCCACUUGCGUCGCAACAUCGGCCGGCACGGCCCACGGCCGCCUGGGCUCACACCUCGCGGGGCCCUUCAGGAGCUCCUCAAGUCCGACUCGCUGUACGCCGGGGCGCCCUCCAAGGUCGCACCCUACAGCGAGGACAAGCUCAAGUUCUGGAAGUCGAAGAUCGUCCCGAAGCGUGUCGAGGACAUCUGCCCCGACUUCGUCGUCCGCGCCUUCGCCGACCCCGAUCGGUACGUGCGGAAGCCGGACAGGGUCUUCUUGGCUGAUGCGGAGGUGCUCGACCCCAUCGUGCCCUACUGGGACCCUCACCUCGCUGGCUCGCCCGACGCGCGGGUCAGGUUCGUCCGCCGCCUGGCGGAGCGAGGCCUUGUCGGCUACCGUCGGCGUAUUCGUGCUCGCGUGGGCUGCUUCUUCGUCGAGAAAAAGGGUGGGUUCAUCAGGCUCGUGGUCGACGCCCGCGAGACGAACCGGACCCACUGGAGUCCUCCGCACGCUGCCCUCGGGACUCCGGCCGCGCUCGCCGAGCAGGACUGGUCGGACGCCGCCCUGGGAGCCUCCGACGCGACCUCGGCGCCCGCCAUCUACGGUGCCUCGCUCGACCUGGCCGACAGCUUCUACCAGUUCUGCUCGGACGCCCUCGCGGAGGACUUCGGGAUGGACUACCCCGAGCCCGCGUCGGUGUACGGGGCGACGCACGUCUGGGAGGGCGGCCGCUUCAUCCCCGUCGGCGCCGACGAGGUGGUGUUCCCCGCCUUUCGUGGCGUCGCCAUGGGCUGGAGCUGGGCUCUUUGGGUCGUGCACUCCUCGGUCACUUCGUGGGUGGGUCACGCGCUCUCAGGCGGGCCUGCGAGCCUCGUCCUGGACCGUCAGCCGCCGCGCCCGGCGGCCCCGGGCAGGCCCGCCGGCUCCGUCUACGUCGACAACGUGGGGAUCCUGGGUCUCUCCGCCGCCGAUGCCGCGGCGGGCCUGGCCAGCGUCAUGGAGGAGCUCGACCGCCGGGGCAUCGUGUACCACGAGGUCUGCGAGCCGUCCCUCGAGUUCGGUAUGGUGGGCGUGGUGUAUGAUGGCCUCCGUCGGACUCUUCGCCACUCCGACGAGCGGGCCUGGCGGCUCUACCUCGCCUGCCUGGAGCUGGAGCGCCCGGGCGUGCCCCGUGCUGCGUGGCAGGUGCGGGUCGUCCUCGGGCACUUCAUCCAGCACUGUCUCCUCCUGCGGCCAGCCAUGUCCAUCUUCCGCCACCUCUACAGGUACGUGGACGAGUGCCGGCUCGGGCCGCCUUCGCCUCUGCCGGGUCCCGCUCGGCAGGAGGUCCGUGUCUUCCGAGGGCUCAUCUUCCAGGCGGUCGUCGACCUCGCCGCGCCCGUGUCGGACAUCGUGCUCUGCUCCGACUCCUCCGAGGCGGGCUACGCCCUACACCGCCGGCGCUGCGACCCCGAGGCGGUGCGCCGACUCGCGCGCCUUCGGGAGCGCUGGCGCUUCACGCCCGACGAGAAGCGGCCCGAGGCCCUGGAGGACGACACCUACACGCCCGGCUGGCUUCCUGGCGCUGGAGGGGUGCUCGGUGAGGGGGACCCCAGCUGCGGCAUUGCGACCUGGGCCCCGCCACCGAGGAGGGCCGACGAGCGCCCCCACGGCACCGUGCGGGCUCGGGUUGCACAGGCCCCGCGGCGGGCGACCUUCGAGGACAUCCCCGACGAGCUCGUCGCCCCUGACGCCUGGUCGCUGGUCGUGGAAGGUGCCUGGAGGACGCGGGCGCCCAUCCACAUCCUGGAGGCCCGAAUCGCCCUCGCGGGGCUCCGACACGCCUCCAGGAGCCUCGAGUGCCACGGGCGCCGCGUCCUCAGCCUCGGGGACAACAUGGCCGAGGUGCUCUCGACCGAGAAGGGCCGCGCCGUCGACGUCGGCCUCGGCUCCGUGUGCAGGCGCAGUGCUGCCAUCCAGGUGGCCACCGGCAUCCGCUGGCGGCGCCGAUACCUCGACACAGAGAGGAACAUCAGCGAUGGUGGCUCGCGCAAGGCCCUGCAGGGGCUGUACCGCCCUGGACAGCGUCGCGUGGGGCCUGGCGCCGGCGCCGCGGGGGCUGUGGGACGGCCCGGUGCGGCCCCGCCCCCGCCGCCGCCCCUGGGGCAGGAUGCCGGCGCUGCGGGGCCGGCUCGGGCUGCCGCCGCCUUGGCGGCGCCCGCCGUCGCGGGGGCGGCCGCGUGGCGGCCACGCUGUCGCAGGCACGGGCUCCACCCGCCGCCGGCCGCCGCCCUGUCGAGGCUCGGCCGGCCGCUGGGGCCGGUGUGGGCCCAGGUCUUCUCGGGCUGCGGGCGCUGGACUGGUGCCCUGGCCCAGGCGGGCCUCGUCGUCGCGGCCCCCAUGGACAUCAAGCACGGGCCCUGGUGCGACCUCCUCAACCCGAAGGUCGAGUCUCAGGUGCGUUCCUGGAUCACCUCCCGGGCCGUCUGGUUCGUCCACUUCGGCACCCCGUGCACCCCGUGGUCCAUCUCUCGGCGAGGGGCUCGCGAGGUCUCCGCCAUCAGGGCGGCCCGUCGGUGCGCUCACGUCACGGUGCGUCUCUUGGAGGUCUGCAGCCGCUACGGGAUUCACUGGUCUCUGGAGAACCCCCAGUCCUCGGGCCUCUUCCGUUGGGCCCCACUCCGGAAGUUCUUGGACCAGCACUCGCGUUCCUGGGCUACCUAUCACUGCUGCCGGUUCGGCGCGCCCUACAAGAAGCCCACCACCAUCGUCUCAAGUCUGGGGGCCCUGCACGACAUCGGCCUGCUCUGCGAAGGGGGCCACAGGCACGAGCACUUGUCUGGGAAGGUACGUGUCCGUGCGCCCACGGGAGGGCUCAAGCAUCAGUGGAAGACCACGUUGGCCGGCGCGUACCCCCCGGGUGCCUGCCACCUCGCUGCCAGCAUCUUGGCAGCGGCAGCGCCGCGCGGCGCCAAGAGGCCAGAUGGUGCUCCACUACUCGAGGAACGAUGGCAGGCUGACCUCUGCCGGGCAGCGGGUUGCGACUUCGGUCCUCGGGCGCUCCCGUGCCCGACCUGUCCCUCGCGCUGGGCCCCGCUCUGGAGGUCGGACGCCGAGCAGUGGGGCGGCCGGUACCACGCCAGCCUGCACGAGUUCGCCGCGCAGAUGGGCCUGGACCCGGCGCGCUGGACCGCCCGCGACCUCCCUGCCGUGGACGCCGCCCUCGACCGCUUCCUCGAGGAGCUCUUCGUAGCCGAGCGGUCGCGGGGCGACGCUCGGUAUGCGCUGGCUGCUGUCGCCGACCACUUCAACGUCAGCCUCCGCCAGCCUGGGGUCCUCCCGCUCGCUCGCGCUGCCAUGGCUGGCUGGGGCAAGCUGGAGCCUGACUCGACUUCGGAUCCCCUCCCGUGGUCGGCCGCGGUGCUGAUGGCGUACCACCUGUCGCGGACUGGCGUCGAGUCGGACCUCGAGGCCGCCCGCGGCCUCGUUGUGCAGUUCGACACCUACCUGCGGCCCUCGGAGCUGGUGCUCAUGCCCCUGGUCGCGUGCUUCACGCCGGGCAUGCACGCUGGGGUUCACUACAACAAGUACGGGAUGGUCGUCGCGCCGUCCAGCCAGGUGGCCGGCCAUCUCAUCGGCAUCCGUACCAGCAAGACCGGCGUGCAGGAUGACACCGUCCUCCUUGAUGAGGCCAGCCGACCUGGCGUGAUCGGUGCCUUCGCCGCGCUCAUCCGCCAGGCUCGCCGUUCUCGCUCGCAGACGCUGCUCCCUAGCCACACGUAUGCCUCGUACAAUAAAGUGCUGCAGAGGGCCGCUCAGGCCGUAGGCAUCCCUUUCAAAGUCACGCCUCACCUCGCCAGGCACGGCGGGCCCAGCGAGGACUUCCUCCGCCGUGCCAGGACGCUGCCCGAGAUCCAGGCGCGCGGGCGCUGGGCCUCUUUCCGCAGCGUGCAGAGAUAUGAGAAGGCUGGCCGCCUCCUCGCGGCCAUCCGCAAGCUUCCGCCUGCUGUCCGGGCCGCCGCCUGCAAAGCCGAGGCUCGUGGACUCUCUUUUCUGGCAUGA